UUAAGUCCAGAUGACCCAGCAGUAAGUGUUUUCACUAUUUCACUAACAGUCGAAUUCGUGGUCCGUACUCAUAUAAACGGUUAGGUUUCGCCGUAUAAUCUUUGGAGUGUGCGAAUCGUUAGAUACAUUACUAUCCUCUUCACGAUACUCACCUUCGUAUGGUGGACUAUAUUGCUAGUCUCGACUUUCGUUACACCCCCAAAAUUCCACACACGAGGAUCAGGCUUCUUCGCCUUUAGCUAUGCUAGUUUGGCGCUCGCAAACCUACUUUUUACACUCAUAUUCUUCGCCAUCCCCUCAAAGGCGGUUCGGAUACUGAGUGUUGUCACGGGUGGCCUAUUGUUAGCGGAUGCUAUCUUGUUGAUCUCUGUGGAGAAGACAAGGCACGAAGAAGGCUGGGUGGGAAUGGUCAGCGUCUUAUGGGCAUUUUUAAUGGGCGUAUGGACUUUACUUACCGAUCGUCUAGUUGCAUGGGGAAAGUCUGAGGAGGAAGAACGGCUCACCGGCCGAGCUGAGACACGCCGCACACUGGGCGAGUGGACUGCUGUCUUGAUUUCUACCAUCUUCAUGGUACUUCUUACUCUCGCUAUUUUGCUGACAUUCUGUACGUUGAUUCUUCGUGCCCUCGAUGCCGGGUUGGCGCCUCCAGGCAAACUGUACUGGGUAGAUGGAGACAAGUACACCAUCCACGUCUAUUGUCAUGGGAACCAUACAAAUUCGAAGGGAACGAGACUACCUACAGUAUUGUUUGAGGGCGGAGAAGGUACCGUGGAGGAUGGUUUGUGGCAGUUUGCCAAUAUUGCUGUUAAAAACGGAUCGAUUAGUCGAUACUGCUUCGUUGAUCGCCCCGGAUUUGCUUGGAGUGAUACUGCACCGUCUCCUCUAUCUGCUGGGAUGGCGGUAGAGGCUGUCAGCGAAGCAUUGACAAGGGCUGGAGAAGCUGGCCCAUGGGUUCUUGCGAGUGCUGGCAUUGGCUCUAUUUAUUCACGAAUUCUCUCUGCCCGCUAUAGUACAGACGUAAAAGGGCUUCUUCUCAUUGACCCGCUUCAUGAGGAUUACCUGGAUGAUGUUGGCUCACCAGGACGAGGUUUCUUGCUUUGGGUUCGCGGUAUCAUCUCGCCCCUUGGCCUCGAUCGUAUUCCAGGUGCUCUCUUUCAUGGACGAACUAAAGAAGAUCGAGUGUGGGGGCAAUCCGCAUACCAGACAGGGAAGUUCUUGUUCGCGAAGUUGCAAGAGAACCUGGUAGCCGAUACAUUGUCGAAGCGGGACCUAGCCAGCAGCACUGCUAUUCAGAACCCAGAUGUCCCGCUGAACUUAAUCAGUUCCGGAGUCAAGAUUCGGGAAGACAGUGGGUGGGAGGACAAGCAAAGGGAAAUUAGCCAUCUCACACGCAAGUUACAGCAUUGGGACAUCGUUAACGAGGCGCCGCAUCAAGUCUGGGACACAUAUGAAGGGCGCGAUAUCAUCGAAAAGAGGCUCCGACAGCUGGUUCAUGCUGCAUAAAUUGGCACAAAAGUCUGCUAAAAUUUAAUGUAUUCCUUUCAAACUUGUCCUUAUGAAGAGCGUAGCGCAUUUCUUUCUUUUUCCUUUUCCUAAGAAGCCGAAGGCUUCUGGAUGAGAUAACAAUUCAAAUACGAUGACGGAGGUCCGAUAUUAUAUUCCUUAAAAGCGACGUUAAUUAUUAAUCUAACCGAUAUAUGUACCUAAGUGUUAUUCGAUAAAUGCAUUACAUAAUACGUACCUAC